ACACACAGACAGCAUGAGGAACCUUAUUACAGGCAAGGGCUGCGCGCUGCUUGCCGUCGCCGUCGUCUGCGCUGCGCUGGCGGUCAGCCUCCACUCGCCCAGGGCCCCUCUGCGGCCUCGGCCCUCGCAGAUGGUUAGUGUCCCUGCAUCCCCCGGCUUGAGUAACGCGCCCGCCGGGUCAGCGGCGCAAAAAUCAAGCGACCCGACUGCGGCGCUGCACCAGCUGUUCCGCGAGCGGCGAAAACACCUGCUGGACAGGUGCCGACACCUGAACGUCACUGAUAAAUUCCGCAUAACGGCCUGGAAAGACUAUUUGACCAUGCAGGCUCCCGGUCCACUCCUGACGUGCGUGCCGCCCAAGGUAGGUUCGACCUCCUGGCACGCGCUCAACAGACAGCUGAGCCGAGGCCAUAUCCCUGACCCCCGGCCGGCCUCCGCCAUCCUGGUCAGACAUCCGCUGUCCCGGCUGGCCUCAGCAUACAGAGACAAAUUCCUGGACGGCGAGCCAAUCGGUCUGUACGACGGGGCCUGGAUGCAACGCACGGAGAGCAGGACGGUCUGGGUGGACAGAUGGCACCUGUACUGGCUUCCCACGCUCAUUUCCUCGGGCCAGGUGACGCCGACGAAAGACUUCCUGGGGCUGUUGCGUCGGAAUGUGAAGGCCUUCGAGUUCGCCAGUGAAAACUAUGUGAUUGAGAACAAUCAUGUUGUGAUCACGAGGAAGCACAGUUUUGCCGAGGACGAUAUUUCUGUGGGGAUGGAUAUGGUUUCGAAGGGGAGGCAGUUUGGUCUGGUCGACGCCACUGUGGCCGCUUAUAGCUACAUGAAUGAAACUUUGAUCGCCAAGUAUGGUAAUUCCUCUUUUACAUUUUUGGAAUUUCUGGCAUUUAUAGUUUGGUCGAGAGACCACGGCGUUCUUGACCAACAUUGGUCGCCGUAUACAGAAUUAUGUGUCCCGUGUAAGACAGACUACCAAUACAUUCUUCAUUUGGAAACGAUCGAGGAAGAGGCUAGGGUCCUUCUGAAGGACAUCGGAUACCCGGAGCAAUUUCAGAUUGACACGAAACAUAGAACCAAAGGACUCACUCACACUGUCCACCCAGAUGACCUCCACUACUACAAGGAUGUGCCCAAAAGUCUCCUGAAAGAAAUAUUACUCAUUUAUAUAUUCGAUUUCGACGUUUUCAGUUACAACCCAAAUGCUUUGGAGAAUUUUGAUUAAGGCGCACGUGUAUCGUCGUGUAAUUUCUGUCAGUCAUGUUUCAAAAUCGUCCAGUUACUCGAACUCAUUAUAUACUAUACAUGUAUCACAAUGAGACUUUGGUCGGGAAGCAACCCAAACGUAAUUCACACGUUAAGUCAUUUAUAUUUACCCACCGAUGGGCCCAGAAACCGUAGCUUUAACUUUGAUACAGGAUUAACUUCAUUAACUGUUCGAAGAAGAUUAUUGACAAGGGUAUUGAUGUAGUUUGCAGUCAUCCACAUCAGCUCUUGAGACUGUCGGUGUAUUUGAUCUCUCUCUAAUUUUACUCUAAAUUAUUUACUGAGACUGUAAAUGGUGUUUACACUGACACUAACAUAAAAAAAAAAAAAAAACUGAAUUUAAACCGGUUCAUUAUCGUCAAUUCAUCGAUGAUACCUUUCUCCUUUUUAAACAUCCCUCACACGUAAACCAUUUUCUGAACUAUCUCAACUCGAAACACCCAAGCAUCAAGCUUUGCUGUGAGAUGCAGGAAAACAAUCAAUUACCGUAUUUGGACAAGCUAAUCACCUAUAACAAUCGAACCUUCCAUUCAAGCAUUUACCGAAAGCCAACCUUCACCUCCCCCGGACUUCACUAUCUCAGCAACAAUCCAUAUUUAUACAAAAUUAACAGCAUCAAAACUUAAUCACUCGAGCCUAUAACCUGUGUAGCAACUGGUCAACUUUUCAACUGGUCACUGUUACUAAAUAUUUACCCUCAAAUUAAAUUUACAUUUGUCUUCACCAACACCAACACUAUAGCCAAAUUUCUAAAACAACAUUUGGAUUUAACUCUGACAUGUUUUCUAACGUAAGGUACUUAUUUACCUGUCCGCCAAACUUGGCCUGUGGGAUCUACCUCACGAUGGUUACGACACCGCAUCCUAGAACACAAAGGCAAAUCUUUCAGGACUGGCCUUCCGUUGAGCAAACCAUAUUUCUUGGCAAUAAGAGAAAACUCCCACAGUAACAACCUUGUUCACCCAAUAGGCCUUCCCUCUCGACCAACCCCCAAUUUGGUUAUUUACCAUAUUGGUAGUUAUG